GACGCGCAACAGUCCCUUGAAAAUAAACAAUAAUGGCGGACGCACUACCAGUUGUAUAUUUCGCUGUAAGUAAUAUACCUGCCAUAUUCCGUUCAGCGGACCUCAGGAAUUACUUCAGUCAGUUCAUUGAAAGUGGAGGCUUUCAAUGUUUCCACUACCGCCACCGACCCGAGGUCCUCUGGGGAUCUGAGGGCCCACCGGAUCCCCACGUCGCCCGGGGGUCUGAGGAUCUACCGGAGCCCCCCGUCCCUGACACAAGACUUGAGAGUGGACCGCCGGAGCCCAGCAUCAACGAUCCGGGCUCCCAAUCACCCGAAAACACAGAAAACUCUUCCGUUGCAAAGAAAAGCGUAAAGUCGUGUUGCUGCAUCGUGUCUGUGUUCUCUAAACAUGCCGACAGGUUUGUUAAAAUGUUCGGAGGAAAUCUGUGGAUCGACUCGACGGGGAGUUGGCUGUCAGGACGCUGUGUUAUAAAGAGAGUAAAAGUCUCCCUCGAAACAGAUGUGGAUUCUUUUCCGUAUAAAACCAAGCAUGAGCAGCGACACCGUGUGUCCCUAUCAGACCGCUUCACACAAGGAGACUUAAAGGGCUUACCAGAGCUCAACCCACCUAGCCUGAUGCAGAACGGAAACGUGGGGACCACCGUGAAGGUGUUUCUGCAACUUAUACAGGCAUGCCGACUACCUCCACGUCUCAUCAGGAAGCUGGGGCUUACUUUCCCUAAGACCAGCUCCAAUCGCCGUUAUGGCAAUGUGCCUUUCGAGUACUAUAACACCUACACAGUAGAAGCCUCUGAAGAUAGCAUCUUCACUGCAGCCGGACAUGAAAUAGCUGGCCCCAGCGGUGUUAACAGAACCACAGCGAAACUCAGACAGCCUCGUGGCCAUACAGAAGCCAAGGAAACGGAAACCCACCAGGAUGAUGAGGAAGAUGAGGAAGACGAGCUGUCUAAUGCCGAUGAUGAUGACGACCGAUGCGAGGAAUGGGAGCGCCACGAAGCCUUGCAUGAAGACGUGACGAGUCAGGAACGCUCCAAGGAGCGGCUGUUUGAGGAAGAGAUUGAGCUGAAAUGGGAGAAGGGAGGAUCGGGCCUGGUGUUCUACACUGACGCCCAAUACUGGCAGGAGGAGGAAGGAGACUUUGAUGAACAAACAACGGACAACUGGGAUGUCGACAUGAGCGUUUACUAUGAUAAAGACGGCGGUGACAUGGACGCCCGCGACUUUGUCCGCAUGCGGUAUGACAAGAGGAUGAGAGACGGCUUGGAAAACCGAUCUGGUAACACCCAGCCCAUCGGUAGCUUCGAGAGAUUCACUAAGGGCUUUGGCCGCCGCGUGAUGGAGAAGCAAGGGUGGAAGGACGGCGAGGGCCUCGGAACCAGCCGGCCCGGGAUUCCCGAUGCUCUGGAAAGCGACGGGCAACAUCCAAAUUGCAAGAGGGGCUUUGGGUAUCAUGGAGAGAAGUUGACCUUGAAUACUGGAAAGAAGCCGAGAAUCAAUUAUCAUAUAAGCACAGUGUACGAUGAACCGAAGGACGUUGAUAAACCUGAACCCUUAUUGAGACGUCUUCCCACCACUAACAUAAAAUACCGAGAAUGGCAGACCGGGGGCACUAUCGGACCGCGAAGAUGACGUUAUUUAUUAUUGUUUUAUAUUCCUCUGCUCUAUUAAAAAUGUUUAAUUUUUUUACAUAAAAAUGUUUUUGGAGUUGAUGUCAUUUCACUUUACAGCCCUCAGGUGUUUCGUAGCUUAUGCAUUAAAUGUGUAUUUCCUUGC